CCACGCCAGCGGGUGACAUGCCAUCAGGUGACGCCCACUCACUCACUGCACACACACCUGGACACCAGCCAACCUGCCAGCUACUUAAACGCCUGACGAGGGGAGAAGGAGAGCGACGACGACGGAGCACAGCUGCAGCCAUGAGUGACCCGGCCUUGAAAGUGGAAAGCCUGAGCGUCUGUGCCAGUGAGAACAGGAAGAGGCACCACAGCGACGACUAUGACAACCCGGCCCUGAUUGUGAGGCGCGGCCAGGACUUCAAGAUCAAGCUGAGGCUGAACCGGCCGUUGAGGAAGAGCGACCCGCUGGGGGUCCAGAUAGCUGUGGGCGCACAACCCCUGCAGUCCAAGGAGACCCUGGUGCUGAUCCCCCUGCAGCAGACGCAGCUCUCUGGGGCCUGGACAGCCACGCUGGGAGCCCCCCAAGGACUUGAGUAUGAGGUCCUCAUUAAAAGUCCUCCCAAUGCCGCAGUGGGCAAGUACACCCUCACGGUGACAGACAAGGGCAGCUACACGUAUGUGCCACCAGACAAGGACUUCUACCUGCUCUUCAAUCCCUGGUGUAAAGAGGACACGGUUUACCUGGAGGAAGAGGACAAAAGGCAGGAGUACGUGCUCAGUGACACCGGCUACCUGUACUUGGGCUCCUUCAAUCGCAUAGACGGCAUUCCGUGGAACUUUGGCCAGUUUGAAGAAGGUGUACUGGACUGCUGCUUUUAUCUCUUGGACAAGAUUGGCAUGAAGCAGACAACCAGGAAGGAUGCCGCCAAGAUUGCCAGGGCCAUGUCAGCUGCUGUGAACAUUCAGGAUGACGGUGGAGUUCUUAUUGGUAACUGGUCAGGAGAAUACUCUGAUGGCACCCCGCCAUCCUACUGGACGGGCAGCUCGGCCAUCCUGCAGAAGUACUACAAAACCAAGAGGCCCGUGCGUUACGGCCAGUGCUGGGUCUUCUCGGGCGUUCUCACUACAGUGAUGAGGUGUCUGGGAGUCCCAGCCAGGAGCAUCACCAAUUUUGAUUCGGCCCACGACACCGAAGACAACCUCACCAUCGACGUGUUCUUCAACCGUGCGGGUGAAAUGCUCAACGACAUUUCUACCGACUCCAUCUGGAACUUCCACGUGUGGAAUGACGUUUGGAUGAAAAGGCCUGACUUACCAGAGGGUUACAAUGGAUGGCAAGCUAUUGACGCCACUCCACAGGAGCUCAGUGAAGGCUCCUACCAGUGUGGACCUGCCCCUCUGAAGGCCAUCAAGAAUGGAGAUGUCCAUUUAGUCUAUGACACCAAGUUUGUGCUUUCGGAGGUCAACGCAGACCGCAUCUUCUGGAGGGUAGACAACCCCAACAGUCCACAGCAGAAUAUGGUGAAGCUACGUGUGGACACCAUGGCGGUGGGCAAGCGCAUCAGCACUAAAGCUGUGGGCAAGAACCUCCGAGAGGACAUAACCAGUCAGUACAAGCACCCCGAAGGCUCGCCGGAGGAGAGAAGAUCCUUAGAGAAUGCCUUAAAGAUGUGCCUGAAACCUGUGGAGGAGGUCUACAGCAUGGUGAGGCCUCCUAUGAAGGUGGACUUUGAAUCCAAGGAAGUCCAUCUUGGGUCUCCUGUGACUCUGAACAUCACCUUCAGCAACAACACCACCUCCGUCAAGACUGUGACCUUCAGUGCCAGCUACCAGCUGCAGACCUAUGAUGGCAACACCAUGGAGAGCAUUGGCUCCAUGUCAAGUGAGAUAACUGUGCAAGCAGAAAGCAGUGCCGCUGUUCCUGUGGAGAUCCCCGCUGACAGUUACUUCAAAUUCCUCUCUAAAUACAACGACGAGCUCCAAGUGCAGGUCAACGUCCUGGGAGAAACCAAAGAGGGGAAAGAGCCGUUGGCUGACUAUGUCGUCGUGCAUUUCACAUACCCGGCCAUUAAAGUUGAAAUGCCCGACUCGGUCCGCGUUGGCGAGAAGUUCACUUGUACCUUCAUAUUUAAAAACGACACCGGCGUUCCUAUGGAGAACACCAAGCUGCACGUGGAAGGCCUGGGCCUCUUCAAGCUCGAGACUUUUGACGAAGGGAACAUUAAAGCCGGUGGGAUCUUUGCCUCCAGGGUCGUCUGCACGGCCAGUAAACUGGGGGAGCGCAAGAUCAUCGCUAAGAUCACGUCUGACCAGAUCAGCGGCAUCACGGUGGAAAGAUCCAUUACCAUCACAUAAGCUGCAUCAGGCGCUGUUGUUCUGAUUCAUUCAAUGUCUAUAUAGUGCCUUACAUACUCUUAAGGGGGCUCAGGGUGCUUUUAUAUCAAGAUUGUCCAUUGGGGGCUACACUGAUUUGAAGAGGAGAACGUUGGGACUUGGUGGGCUGCUUCUUCUGAAUGUUUUCCUCCCAGCCGUUUGCCGUGUGACGUCAAGGGGGGCUUUGGGGUUUUGGGGUGAGCAAUGCAUUGCAUGUUGACGUGCAGGUGGCCAUUUUAGUGAUGUGCAUUCAGGUCGGCACUGUGAGAAAAUGGGAAUCAUUAAUAAAAUGGAGAGUUUGGCCAAG